AUGGCAUCAGAGAUCGAGGUGGUGGAAGAAGUGGAAUCCGGAGAUCGGAAGCAGCCGGCGGCGGAGGUGGUAGUGGAGGAUGAUAGCCUCCGGAAUGACGUCUACACGGCGGCGGCUUAUGGGGACAUGGAGAAGCUGCAGCGGCUGGUUGAAAGCGAGGGUUGCUCCGUUUCCGAGCCUGACGCCCUUGGUUACUCCGCUCUUCAAUGGGCCGCCCUCAAUAACCGCACUGCCGCCGCCCAAUACAUUAUCGAGCAUGGGGUUGAUGUUAAUGCGGCAGACCAUACCGGCCAGACGGCUCUGCACUGGAGUGCCGUGAGGGGUGCAAUCCAAGUUGCUGAGCUUCUAUUGCAAGAGGGUGCUAGGGUCAAUGCUGCUGAUAUGUAUGGCUAUCAGACAACGCACGUUGCUGCACAAUAUGGUCAGACAGCUUUCAUAUAUCACCUUGUUACAAAAUGGAAUGCGGAUCCCGACAUUCCUGACAAUGAUGGAAGAAGCCCUUUGCACUGGGCUGCAUACAAGGGCUUUGCAGACUGCAUACGUCUUUUGUUAUUUCUAGAUGCAUAUAGGGGACGUCAGGACAAAGAGGGUUGUACGCCUCUCCACUGGGCUGCUAUUAGGGGUAAUUUGGAAGCAUGCACUGUGCUGGUGCAAGCUGGGAAGAAAGAAGAUCUGAUGGUGGCAGAUAAUACUGGCCUCACACCUGCACAGCUUGCUUCUGAUAAGAAUCACAGACAAGUCGCCUUUUUCCUUGGGAAUGCUAGAAGAUUGUUUGACAAACGGUGCGAUGGAAACAGCCGCCUUGGCAAACUCUCGAAAUUAGGACUUGCUCCAAUACUCUGGUGUAUAAUAUUUUUGUUACUUGUGACAUAUAUUCAUUCAGUUAUUACGGCAUCAAACCUGCCAAAAUUAACAGCUGGCUUUGGUCUUUUUGCUUGGAUGGGUGUGUUCUUGGCAUCCUUGGGACUAGUUUUGUUUUAUAGGUGCAGCAGCAAGGAUCCAGGGUACAUCAGAAUGAAUGUACACGAGUCACAAAACACGAAAGAUGAUGAACCUUUGCUGAAGAUUGAAAUAAAUAAUCCCGCUUUGCUUGCUGGGAACUGGUCUCAGCUUUGCGCAACUUGCAAGAUUGUUCGGCCUCUACGCGCGAAGCAUUGUUCCACGUGUGAUCGUUGUGUUGAACAGUUUGACCAUCAUUGCCCUUGGGUAUCUAAUUGCAUUGGCAAGAAAAACAAGUGGGAUUUCUUUUUGUUUCUUCUUCUGGAAAUACUGGCAAUGCUGAUUAGUGGAGGAGUGGCUCUCACAAGAGUGCUGACUGACCCAAUGGCUCCGUCUUCCUUUGGUGCAUGGUUGAACCAUGCUGGAAAUCAGCAUGUUGGUGCUAUAUCAUUUUUGAUAGCAGACUUUUUCCUCUUAUCUGGUGUGGCGGUCUUAACUGUUGUACAGGCUUCUCAGAUUGCUCACAACAUUACUACAAACGAAAUGGCAAAUUCAAUGCGUUACAAUUAUCUCAGAGGAGCUGGGGGCCGAUUCAGAAACCCAUAUGAUCAUGGCUGCAAGAAAAACUGUUCAGAUUUCUUGAUAAAUGGAUACAAUGAAGACUUGGAGUACAAUGAAGAAUCGAGUCAAUCUGAAGGGACUUCAAUGUUGCAAAUGGCUCGGAAUACAAACCUGUCGAAUGGUAUCAGCCAUGCUCAUCAAACAAAUGGAAAUGGCCAUGUAGCAAUCGACAUGAAUAUCAACAAAAAUGCACAUCAUGGGCAUGUUCAUUCUUCUCAUUGUAGCCAUAGCCAUAAUCACGGUAGAAAAACUGAUGCUGCUCCUUUAGGUCUGGGUAUCGGUUUAGGGCGAAAUACUACCCGUUCUGCAACAGCUUCGUGA